CCCCCCCCCCCCCCCCCCCACACACACACCCCCUCCGUUUUCGGACUUUGACCGUAGAGCGCCUACAAGAGACUUUCAGAAACAGAUGAAAGCGAAACUAAACUCCGCGGCGUAACGAAGAACUCCAGGAUGCUUCAUGUAGAACUCAGUCAGUCCCUUUACUUUGGUGCCUUCACUGUCCUGGAUUUCCACACUCUCGUCCUCCUCGCCACGAUACACUCAUGUAGAGCUCAGUCUAAUGUGAUUGGUCCAUCCAAGCCAAUACUGGCAAUGGUUGGUGAGGACAUCACUUUGCCAUGUUACCUGGACCCUGUCAUGGAUGCUUUCAGCAUGACUCUGGAGUGGGCGAGACCUGACCUGGACCCCAGAUUUGUCCUUGUGUGGCGUGACGAUGUGGAGCUAGAGAGUAAAAAACAUGGAUCCUACCAGGGAAGAACGUCACUGUUUAGUGAUGAACUGAAGAAAGGAAACAUUUCACUGAAACUCUCCAAAGUUAAAAUAUCUGAUGCGGGCAGAUACAGAUGUUUCGUCCCAGCACUGAGAACAGACUCAACUGUUCAGCUUGUUGUAGGAGCCGUCUCCUCACCUGGUAUCCAAAAGUCCAAAAACAGCAGCAGCGUGGUGUUACAGUGUGAGUCUGCUGGCUGGUAUCCAGAGCCUGAGGUGUUUUGGCUGGACGGUGAGGGAAACCUCCUCUCUGCUGGACCUACAGAGACAGUCAGAGGUCCUGAUGACCUCUAUACUCUCAGCAGCAGAGUGACUGUGGAGAAGAGACACAGCAACAGCUUCACCUGUAGAGUCCAACAGAAGGACAUCAACCAGAUCAGAGAGACUCACAUCCAGGUUCCAGAUGAUUUCUUCCCAGGCCGGUCUGAUUCUAGCUCCAGUUCAUCUGCGCCUGCCAUCAUCGGUUUGAUUGUUGCCAUGUUGGUUCUUUCAGCGGUCUUUGUUAUUGUGUGGAAAUGGAGACAAAACAAAAUCAGAAACAAGAAGCACCUCGAGGAUGAAGAAACACAGAAAGUGAGAGAGAAGAAGAGCAACUCUGUGAGAAACAAUUCAGAACAGGAGCCACUGAUGGAAAGAGAAACAGACAGAGAACAACUAGCAGCAGAAAGAGAGAGAAUUAACAUUCAGGACCCGUUGAAUGAAGAAACAGAACUUCAAGCUCAAACAAAGGAUCCUCACCAAAGAGAAUCAAACAACGUUUUGAUCCAGACACAAGAAAACAUCGAGUCUGUGAAUAAAGAAACGGAGCAUCAGUCUUCAGUGGGAGGAAGAAGACAGACAGACCAGGCAGAAGGACAGACAGAAAAUGGUUUGGACAAGGGUCAAGAAGAGACAGAGACUCAACCAAUCAAUCAGAAACGAGACGCUCCACAUCCAGCAGAAAGUGAUCUGAACCACGAGGAAGAGGCUAAACCUGAAAGUGACAACACAGAGCAGCUGAUGGAAGAAAGAGAGACAGACCAGGCAGAAGGACAGACAGAAAAUGGUUUGGACAAGGGUCAAGAAGAGACAGAGACUCAACCAAUCAAUCAGAAACGAGACGCUCCACAUCCAGCAGAAAGUGAUCUGAACCACGAGGAAGAGACUAAACCUGAAAGUGACAACACAGAGCAGCUGAUGGAAGAAAGAGAGACAGACCAGGCAGAAGGACAGACAGAAAAUGGUUUGGACAAGGGUCAAGAAGAGACAGAGACUCAACCAAUCAAUCAGAAACGAGACGCUCCACAUCCAGCAGAAAGUGAUCUGAACCACGAGAAAGAGGCUAAACCUGAAAGUGACAACACAGAGCAGCUGAUGGAAGAAAGAGAGAAAGACCAGGCAGAAGGACAGACAGAAAAUGGUUUGGACAAGGGUCAAGAAGAGACAGAGACUCAACCAAUCAAUCAGAAACGAGACGCUCCACAUCCAGCAGAAAGUGAUCUGAACCACGAGGAAGAGGCUAAACCUGAAAGUGACAACACAGAGCAGCUGAUGGAAGAAAGAGAGAAAGACCAGGCAGAAGGACAGACAGAAAAUGGUUUGGACAAGGGUCAAGAAGAGACAGAGACUCAACCAAUCAAUCAGAAACGAGACGCUCCACAUCCAGCAGAAAGUGAUCUGAACCACGAGGAAGAGGCUAAACCUGAAAGUGACAACACAGAGCAGCUGAUGGAAGAAAGAGAGACAGACCAGGCAGAAGGACAGACAGAAAAUGGUUUGGACAAGGGUCAAGAAGAGACAGAGACUCAACCAAUCAAUCAGAAACGAGACGCUCCACAUCCAGCAGAAAGUGAUCUGAACCACGAGGAAGAGGCUAAACCUGAAAGUGACAACACAGAGCAGCUGAUGGAAGAAGAGGAAGGGGAGGAAAUAAAGUCUGCAGGUGAUGAAACACAAGCUCAGUGUUUGAUGGAGGAAGAAAAACAUGGAGAACAGCUUAUGCCAGAAAGAGAGACACUGAAUGACCUGGACAAAGAGAAGGAAAAACUUAUGAGAAAGCUAAAGACAAAAGACAGAGAACAGAAGAAAUUUGAAGAAAAGAACUCUAGACUUAAGGGGCAGAUGGAGACGAAGGAGAAGCAGAUGCAGCAACUGAAAGUGCAGCUGGAAGAGGUGGAGAGACAGAGAGGAGAGGCUGAGAGGAAGCUACAGUCAGUGAACAGGGAGGAAGACAAGAUGGAAGAAGCAGCAGAGAAAGAUGAAGCUGUCAGACUUCUUUUAGACACCAAGAAUGAUCUGGAGACGAAGAAGACAGAACUUCAGAAACAGCUGGAGAAGAUGGAGACAAUAAUGGAGAGACAGAAGAAGGAUGAGAGAGUCACGAGACAGAAGAAAAUGAAAGCAGCAAAUGAAAAGGAGGAAAUUAUUAAAAAAUUAAAGGAGAUGGAGAAACAGACGAAUGAAACACUGCAAGAAAGGAAGACAGACGGACACAGAGAAGACAACAUGCAAGAAGCAGCUGAUGAUGAAGAUCUCUGAGAAGAGACAAGCAGAUAAACAACAGGAAGAAAAACCUCUGAGAGGUCAGGAAGACUUCAGAGAACAAUCUUUGACCCGGAGUCCAGAAACAGCAGAGAAUCAGAGUGAUCCAGUGGAUUCUUUGACUGAUGAACUGACUCUUUUGAAAGUCAUCUGAAGAUAGAUGUAAAGUAAACUUGAGUCAUCUUCAGCAGUUCACAGCGUGGUUAUGAUCGGCUGAUAAAACUAUACUGAGAUCAUGGAGUUUGACUGAAGCACUGAUGUAAAGACAGAUUGAUACAAAGUAGUCUGUGAUCUGAUCUCAGGUCUGCAGAUGGCCUUUCUCUAUUCCACAAACUCCUGUUCAAGAUUAGAAGCGUACAAAGUGUUUUAUUUUUACUUUCACAGGAGUUUUUGGUCACCAGAACGGUAAAGUUUGAUUUUGAUGUUCAUGUUGUAUUUGUAUGAUUCUGGAAUUGAUGUGAUCGUCUUUGAUGUUUGUUGCUAUUAAACUAUCUUGUAUCUUACAGCAUCACUGUUAGCAUCAUGUUAAUGUAUGUUUUUUAGAAAAAGGGAGAAGCAUCAGAGCACUACCUGCUAGAAACGACUUGCCUAACAUAUAUGUAUUUUAACACUGUUACGUUUUAACAUAUUGCUAAUAAAUAGACACUGAUACCUUUGUA